GCGCGUCACACAUUCACAACACAGAAGUGUAGUUUGGAGGCGCUGGAGCUGAGCGGAGUCCCGCGGCGGAGGCGCUACUCGGGGAGAGCGGGGCAGCACGCAGCGACCGACAGACCGACCGACAGACUCCUCACUGAAAUGAGGGCAGCAACAUGGGGGCCAAAGAGUCGCGGAUAGGCUUCCUUUCCUACGACGAGGCUGUGAGGAGAGUGACUGAUGUGGAGCUCAAGCGGCUAAAAGAUGCCUUUAAGAGAACCAGUGGCCUGUCCGCCUACAUGACCCAACAGUGCUUCUACAAAGAGGUGUUGGGAGAUGGCGUUCCACCAAAGGUUGCAGAGGUGAUCUACAACUCAUUUGGAGGCACGCCAAAAGGGCUACACUUCAACAACCUCAUUGUCGGCCUGGUGCUGUUGACGAGAGGACGCGAUGAGGAAAAAGCCAAAUAUAUCUUCAGCCUGUUCGCCAGUGACUCGGGCAGCUACGUGGUGCGAGAGGAAGUAGAGAGCAGGCUCCAUGCUGUGGAUGGGGAAGUCCCACCCUCUCUAAGGAAGUGCUUCUUAGAGGGUGAGAAGGUGAAUUAUGAAAAGUUUAAGAAUUGGCUUCUACAAAACAAAGAGGCGUUCACUUUCUCCCGCUGGCUGCUCUCUGGCGGAGUGUGUGUCACCCUGACUGACGACAGCGACACACCCACCUUCUACCAGACACUGGCUGGAGUCACACACUUAGAAGAAUCAGACAUUAUUGAUUUGGAAAAGCGCUACUGGCUUCUGAAAGCUCAAUCAAGGACCGGCCGCUUUGACUUAGAAACCUUUGUUCCUCUGGUGUCGCCCCCGAUUCAUGCAUCACUAAGUGAAGGCUUGUUUCAUGCCUUUGAUGAAAAUCGGGACAAUCACAUUGACUUUAAGGAAAUAUCGUGUGGUCUCUCUGCAUGCUGUCGAGGACCUGUGGCUGAGAGGCAGAAAUUUUGUUUCAAAGUGUUUGACGUAGAUCGGGAUGGAGUUCUGUCUCGAGAUGAAAUGCACAAGAUGGUGGUGGCCUUACUGGAAGUGUGGAAGGAUAACCGCACUGAUACUCUCCCAGAACUGGAAUCCAAUGUUUCUGAUAUUGUUGAAGAAAUCCUUACGAUACAUGACACUACAAAACAGGGACACCUAACACUAGAGGACUAUCAGAUAUGGAGUGUGAAGAGCGCCCUAGCAAGCGAGUUCCUCAACCUACUCUUUCAGGUAUGUCACAUCGUCCUGGGCCUCCGGCCUGCUACGCCCCAGGAAGAAGGCCAAAUCAUCAGAGGGUGGCUGGAACGAGAGAGCAGACAUGGACUGCAGCCAGGCCAGAACUGGUUCCUCAUCUCCAUGCAGUGGUGGAAACUGUGGAAAGACUAUGUUAAAUAUGAUAAUAAAUCCAUUGUGGUGGAGCAGCCGGGUGUGCUGGGCAGUGGCAGGAGGACUCCUCAGUCUGCUGAACCAGCCCUGAGCAAGACUGGAACGGUGGCACGAUCUCUUAGCUCUCCAGGAGAAAAGUCCCCACAAAGCAACUGGGAGGUUUCAGAGAGCUCCCCGAACAAUCAGCUGCCGCAUGUGAGCUCAUCAGCCACGGACAUCUGCUUUGCUCGGCAGCAUAAUAUUUUGGAUAACAAUAACCAGUGUUUCUCUACCGCCAAUGGCCACCUACCCAACCACCUGGCUGCACAGAGACCAGGUGCCAUCGACAACCAGCCCUUAGUCACCACUGAGCCCAUGAAGGUACCGACGUUAACCAUGGAGGGAGGUCGUUUGAAGAAACCUCUCAACCUGAUGGCUGGUCAGGAUUUUGAGACCGUACCAGAGCCGGUGUGGCGAGCUCUCUACCACUGGUACGGUGCCAACCUUAGCCUGCCCAGACCGGUGAUCAAGUCAGUGAUCACAGACCAGCCAGAAUUGGAGCUCUUCCCUCGUUAUUUGCUCUUCCUACGACAGCAGCCAGCCACACGCACUCCCCAGUCCAACAUCUGGGUUAACAUGGGUAUGAGCAGCCUGCGAAUGUUCCCUCCACAGUUUCCUCGAGGUAACAUGCCAUCUCCGAAUGCCCCACUAAAGCGUGUGCUGGCGUACACUGGUUGUUUCAGCAGGAUGAGCACUAUUAAGGACAUCCAUGAGUACCUGUCACAGAGGUUACGCAUCAAAGAAGAAGACAUGCGCCUCUGGCUUUACAACAGCGAGAAUUACCUCACACUCCUUGAUGAUGAAGAUCACACUUUAGAGAGUUUGAAAAUAGACGAUGAGCAGCACUUGGUGAUUGAGGUUCGAAACAAAGACAUGAGCUGGCCAGAGGAAAUGUCCUUCAUCGCUAACAGCAGCAAAAUAGACAGACACAAAGUUCCUACAGAGAAAGGUGCGACAGGUCUGAGUAACCUGGGAAAUACAUGCUUUAUGAAUUCUAGUAUUCAGUGUGUGAGCAACACCAAACCGCUCACUGACUACUUCAUCUCAGGGAGACACCUCUAUGAGCUGAACAGAACCAAUCCCAUAGGAAUGCGAGGCCAUAUGGCCAAAUGCUAUGGAGAUUUAGUGCAGGAACUCUGGAGUGGAACGCAAAAAAAUGUUGCCCCGCUAAAGCUCAGGUGGACGAUAGCAAAGUAUGCGCCAAGAUUCAACGGCUUCCAGCAGCAGGACUCUCAAGAGCUCCUGGCAUUCUUGUUGGAUGGUCUCCAUGAGGACCUGAAUCGGGUCCAUGAGAAGCCCUACGUGGAGCUGAAGGACAGCAAUGGACGGCCAGAUGCGGAAGUGGCCACCGAGGCCUGGGACAACCACUUGAGAAGAAACCGUUCGAUUGUGGUGGACCUGUUCCAUGGCCAGCUCAAGUCCCAAGUCAAGUGCAAAACAUGUGGCCACAUCAGCGCUCGCUUUGACCCUUUUAACUUCCUGUCCCUGCCUCUUCCAAUGGACAGCUACAUGCACUUGGAGAUCACAGUCAUUCAACUGGACGGUUCCACCCCAGUGCGCUACGGUCUCCGUUUGAACAUGGACGAAAAGUAUACAGGCCUAAAGAAGCUGCUGAGUGAACUGUGCGGUCUAAAGCCAGAGCAGAUCCUCCUGGCUGAAGUCCAUUCCUCGAACAUUAAGAACUUUCCUCAAGACAACCAGAAAGUGCGGCUGUCUGUAAAUGGCUUCCUGUGUGCGUUUGAGAUUCCUGUGCCUGGUUCUCCCACCUCUGUAACUUCUCCAGCACCAAUAGGUAAUACACUGAUAGGCAAUGGCAUCACUCGGAACGGCCAUGCUGAGAAGCCUGGCCCCAUUCCGAAUGGCACAGCUGGCACACCCAUUCAAAGUGGAUCUGAGAGGAGCCUGGCUAAUGGCAUUCCAAGCACAGUGGUGCCUUCUGGCUCGGAAAAGAGCCUUGCCAACGGCAUCCCCAAUGGCCAUGCCACUCCAGUUCAGGACAGCCCUUUCAUCGGCUAUAUCAUUGCCAUGCACAGAAAGAUGAUGCGGACAGAGCUAUACUUCCUGUCCUCUCAGAAGAACCGGCCGAGUUUGUUUGGCAUGCCUCUCAUUGUGCCCUGCACAGUGCACACCAGUAAGAAGGAUCUCUACGAUGCUGUGUGGAUUCAGGUGUCUCGUCUCGCCAGCCCUCUGCCCCCUCAGGAGGCCAGUAACCAUGCCCAAGACUGUGAUGACAGUCUGGGUUACCAGUACCCUUUCACCUUGCGGGCAGUGCAAAAGGAUGGCAAUUCGUGUGCCUGGUGUCCGUGGUACAGGUUCUGCAGAGGUUGUACAGUGGAAUGUAAUGAGGACAGAGCAUCCCUAGGAAAUGCCUACAUUGCUGUGGACUGGGACCCCACAGCCCUGCACCUCCGUUAUCAAACUUCCCAAGAAAGGAUAGUGGAGGAGCACACGAGUGUGGAACUAAGUCGGCGUGCCCAGGCCGAGCCCAUCAGUCUGGACAGCUGUCUGAAGGCCUUCACCAGUGAAGAGGAGCUGGGUGAAGAUGAGCUCUACUAUUGCUCCAAGUGCAAAACCCACUGUCUGGCCACCAAGAAGUUGGACCUCUGGAGGCUGCCUCCCAUACUGAUUGUUCAUCUGAAACGCUUCCAGUUUGUGAAUGGCCGCUGGAUUAAGUCCCAGAAGAUAGUGAAGUUCCCACGUCAAAGCUUCAACCCCAGUGCGUUUUUGGCUCCACGUGAUGCUCAGGGCCCAUGGAGCCUACAGAGCCAGAGCGAGUGUCCAGUAGAGGAGCUUCAGAAACUCGACAAUGGAGAUUCCUCAGCGUCUUCCAUUUCCACCACUACUGUGGUCAGCCUUCCUGUAUCUAGCAGAGGCACCCCGAAUUCGAGUAGAAGGGUAAGCAGCCCGCUGAGCAGAAACAACAGCCCCAGUAACAGCCCUAAGAGCACAGGCCGAAGACAGGGACGUCUGCGUCUGCCUCAGCUCGGCAGUAGGCACCGGCUCUCCAACAGCAAAGAGAAUCUGGACAGCAGCAGCGGCUGUAAGGAGAGUGGCCCAGAGCCAGAGCCCAGCAUGGUAACAGAGGCGGAGCUUCAGGUGGCAGGAGCUACUCCAGAGCCCAACACACAGGACUCUUCCUGGACAUUGGUUCCCUCCAGUACAGACUGUGAUGUCAUCAUGGUGAACGGGCUGAGCCAGGACCACAGCCAAAUCAACGGGCACGCAGACGCCAGCACCGAGCUAGACAGCACCUCUCGCCAGAAGGAUGAAGUCUGUCUUGAGCCAGUGUACAAUUUAUAUGCAAUCUCGUGCCAUUCAGGAAUCAUGGGAGGGGGCCACUAUGUGACCUAUGCUAAAAACCCCAAUGAUAAAUGGUACUGCUACAAUGACAGUAGCUGCAAGGAAGUUCACUCAGAAGAGAUCGACACUGAUUCAGCGUACAUUCUCUUUUACGAACAGCAAGGAGUGAACUACUCUCAGUUUCUGCCUAUGACUGACGGCAAAAAAAUGGCAGACACUACGAGCAUGGACGAAGACUUUGAGUCAGACUACAAGAAGUACUGUGUGCUUCAGUGAACCCAUGCUCUUCCACAAAUUAAAAGCACUUAAUUAGUUCAUCAGUAUCCUGCCCAAGUGCAAUGGAAACCGUGAAGCUUCACAGCUGAAACCGAGGAGCUGCAGUUGCUGAAGCACAAAGAUCGGCUCCAGACUGUGGAAUCUCAACCUCUGCUGCUGCCCCCUGUUUUAGCCAUCAAAUGGCUGAAAGAGUUUGAGAGAAAAUAAACAAGAGAGAAUUGUGUAGCUUGUGAAUAUUGCCAACUGAACAAAAUGGGUCCUGGACCAAAAAGAAAUUUCUUUGACAUUUUUGUAAUUAACAGGAUUCAGUCCAAAUCUGCAGCAUCUCGUACCUAAUGGGAAAUUAUGUUUAUGUAUUUACCUUUCCAUAAGGUUUUCUUUAGGAGAAGGAGUGCUGUGUGUGUGUGUGUGUCUCUCUCUCUCUCUCUCUCUCUCUCUCUCUCUCUCUCUCUCUCUCGUAUAUCUUCCAUAAACUUGUGUUUUGUAUUUUUAUAUUGAUAGGAUCGAAUCAAUAAGAAGAAGAGCUUUUUUUUUUUUUUGGCCAAACACAUUAAAUCAGUCCCAACUCUAUCCGUCAGUUCUACUGGACAGGUUUCUAUUGGGUAAGUGCAAUGUUCGGUUCUGUAAUGCAAGUCGACACAGACUUGACCUUUUUGUUCCUUAGCACACAUUAUACACUACCUCCCUUUAUUGUAGUUUAUUGGCUGAUUCUUGAUGGAAAGACUGUAAGACAGUAUUACACUUUACACGGCUUGCUAAAAUGUGCCUGUAAAGUUUUUUCCUAUUAGAUAAAGAAAUCUGGUUCUUUAAAAAAAUCUGCCAGAACUGCAUUCCAGUGAGUAGAAACCCACCCCAGCUAUAUUUGAUUUUAUAUUUAAAGCUCAAGUUUGUGUUCAGAUAUUGUGCCAGUGUUUUUUUUUUUUCUCUGUGUUUUCCCCUUUAUUUCCCCCAAAAAGCCAGUAUAUCUCUCUGAGGAAAGUUUUAAGUUCACAACGUUUUAUUUUUCUGCGAUUUAUUUAUUUUAAUACCAUGGAUCUGUUCAUGGUCCAAAAAUGAGCUUGUCUGUCAACAGUCUGCUCCUCCUCGUAACACUUUCCCACCACCACGAGCAUUUCACAACUCCAUUACAGUCUCUUGAAUGUACUUUCUGUUGUCACUUUAUUUUUAUUUUUUUUUCCUCAUUAAAAUAAAUCUUUGUUCGUGGUCGAGUAAAUGGUAGCCAAACGCAUACAUCUGAUCAGUUUGCUCUCAUAGGAGAGGUUCACAUUAUCAAGCCAAAGUCUUUAACAAGUGGUAUGUCGUCGUGUAAAAAGCACACCUUUGUGGCUUCUCUGAAAGAACGCCUGAACCUCAUGACAGCCUUGUGCUAAAAAGAAGCGGCGUCCAUGUGACCUGCUUAAAGUUCUGUGUCUUACUGCCAGGAUAGUAGCAACUCUUCAUUAGAGAGCCAUUGAAACACUGUGAAUGGAUACGAUACAGUGAGUAAUCCCUUUUCCUUUCAUGGCUUCUAAACAAUUAAACAAAGCUCUCUUUAGGAAUGCAUUGGGUCCUUCAUUGGGAAAGAGCUACGUGUUGUUCUGUACCAUUUUGCUGCUCUACUUUUCCUUAUUAUUGAUAUUUAUGUACUUGUGUCAUCAAGGAAAGGUUGUCUGAAAUGAGAAAUUAUUAUUUAUUGGCCAUUUGAUGUCAUUCAACACCCGAAUAGUUCAAGUAAUGUUUGAACUGCAAGUCACAUUUCUUCAGUAACGGCCAUCGAGGAAAAUAUCUGGUUUUGAUUAAAACUACAUCAUUUCUCUCCAUUUCAAACGUACAUGUACUUGGAGUUGAGUGUCUUGCUCAUUUUAGUUGAAUUGGAAAUCUUCCUCUCCGAGCUUAUUGGGGCUGCGAAUACACACAUCACUUUUAAAGAUUUUUGGGGUUUGAUACAGGUAUAAUUUAUUAAUACUCCAAGAAACAUGAUUGAUUUGAUUGGAAAGUAGUGCAAUCAACUACUGAUCUCUUGAUUUUUGUUAAUCAUCAGAUAUGUAUUAAUUUGAUGAGCUUUAUUUUGUACAGUGUUUAAAGAGUACAAUGACAUUGCACUGACAUCAAAUGUACAGAUGUUUUGUAAAUAUGGCUAUAAAAAAAGAUGUAUUUGAAAAUGAACUGUAAAAAUGUAGUUGUAUAUGGAGUGAUACUGUUGAUCUGUAACAAUUAUUUGAGCAACCGAUUAAAUUCAGCCAAUGCAACUGAA